AGUGACUGCAUAAUUUUAGCAGAUCUAGAAACCAUAUGCACUGCAACUUCAUAGGUUAGCUUCUUCUUGUGGCGGUUUACAGAUCGUCAAAAUUCGCCGCUAUGACUGACCGGUUCCGAAAGUCCUCUCCGGUUGUGGCUACGUGUUCCCUGGGAGAAAAUGGCAGAUAGGAAAAACAAUAAUGCUUCUACAGCCAACGCUAAUUUACUGUUCAGCGCCGCUCCGGAGUUUAACUUCAACUUGCCGUUUUUGCCAGUGAGUCAGGCCUCCGGUCCGACGGCGCUGUCAGGAGACGACUCCACCGAUGUCGGAGAAGAAGACCGUUUCCUCGGUCAGAUGUCGGGGAACGGACCGGCGGCAUCCUCCACCUUCAGCUACUUUUCCAGCCCCGUAACGACCUCUGACCCGUUCGCGUCCAUUGGCCGGUCGUCGUACGUGCCGCCGUCUUUAUCUGCAGCCCAGACAACAACCGGAUCCGUUUCUGUUCCUAACAGCUUCAGCGUGGCUCCACCGCCUCCACCUGCAGCCUCACGGAUGACCCCGCCCCCGCAGGUUUUUGGGAGUACUGUUUACCAAACGACACCGCCGAACCCGGUGGGGUGUCGCACGCCUCCCCCUGCCACCAUGACGCCGCCGCCGACGCCGCAGCAGAGUCACAACCCGUACCGCCACACCCCCGCCAGCAGCAGAGCCAGCCCGUACAUUCCAGCUCCGGAGAUGCUGCCGCCAACGCACACGUCUCCGCAGGUCCCCUACUCCUUCAGCUCCUCGCCGCAGAUGUGCCCCCCGUCGGGACCGGCGCUUACAAAGCCCCCUCUCGCUCAUCUUCAAGCCCCUCCGGCUCCGGCAGCCUCCACCGGAGCGGUCGUUCCUGCAGGCCCCGUGAUGCCGUACAACUUCAACGUCUACGAAGCGGUCCAGCAUCACUGGUUCUACUGCAAACAGGUGGAGUCAAAGAGCGUCUGGCUUCCUUUCAGCAUCAUCGACUCCCUACAGCUCGAGGAGACGUACAACUCAGUUCAACCGGACCCAGAGAACGUAGUCGUACGCACAGACGGAGGGCGUUACGACGUGCGGCUCUACGACCGGACGCGCUCCGCGAUGUUCUGGGAGGAGGAGCCGACGGAGGUCCGGCGCUGCUCCUGGUUCUACAAGGGGGACACGGACAGCCGCUUUGUUCCGUACUCUGAGGAGUUCAGCGACAAGCUGGAGGCGGAGUAUAAGAAAGCCGUGUCGACCAAUCAGUGGCACCGGCGGCUGGAGUUCCCGUCCGGAGAAACCAUCGUCAUGCACAACCCGAAGGUCAUCGUGCAGUUCCAGCCCUCCUCGGCGCCGGGCGAGUGGGGCACGACUCAGGACGAGCAGACCCGGCCCCGAGUGGUGAAGAGGGGCAUCGAUGACGACCACGACGAAGUGCCUGAUGGCGAGCUCGCCACGGUGGAUCAUCUGGUGUUCAUGGUCCACGGGAUCGGUCCGGUCUGCGACCUCAGGUUCCGGAGCGUGAUCGAGUGCGUGGACGACUUCCGCAGCGUGUCCCUGAAGCUGCUGCACAGUCACUUUAAGAAAGCUCUGGACGAGCACGCCAUCAGCCGGGUGGAGUUCCUUCCUGUCCAGUGGCACACGGCGCUUCAUGGAGACGCCACGGGGGUGGACAGGAGGAUCAAGAAGAUCACGCUGCCGAGCACCGGCCGUCUCCGGCACUUCACCAACGAGACGCUGCUGGACGUCCUCUUCUACAACAGCCCCACCUACUGUCAGACCAUCGUGGACACGGUGGCUCAGGAGAUGAACCGUCUCCACGCCGUCUUCAUGGAGAGGAACCCGGACUUCAGGGGCAGGAUCUCGGUGGCCGGGCACAGCUUGGGUUCCCUGAUUCUCUUUGAUCUGCUGUCCAAUCAGAGGACCGGUUCUGUUGGACCCGUCAUGCCAGCCACGCCCUCCGCUAACGAAGACGCCAAACAGGUGGCGUCCUCCGAGACGGAGACGAGCCCUGCGGUCCCUCCUGUGGACGAGCAGCCCAGAGAGGACCAGGAGGACUUCCAGGACCUGGCUGCUGUGCUGCAACAUCUGGGCCUCUCCGAGUACCGGAGCACCUUCGACCAGGAGAAGAUCGACGUCGAGUCCUUCCUCAUGUGCACGAUCGAAGACCUGAAGGAGAUGGGCCUCCCGCUGGGCCCCAGGAAGAAGAUCGCCAAGUUCGUUAAGGAGCGACUGAACCGGCAGGCCGCCCAGGAGAAGAAAGCUGAAGUUGUUCAGGUGGUGCCUCCACCUGCAGCCGAAGUUCUGGUUGAUCCGAGCGUGACGAAGCUCCCGGUGGGCAGCACCGUCUCCUCCGUCCACGUCGACUACAAAUGCUUUGAAGUUGGUACCGGACAGGUGUCGGUGGUUUACCAAACUCUGGACUUUGACCAGGUGAACUUCUUCGCCUUGGGUUCUCCGAUCGGCAUGUUUCUGACGGUCCGAGGCCUGGAGCGGAUCGAGGACUCGUACCAGCUGCCCACGUGCAAAGGGUUCUUUAAUAUCUAUCAUCCCUUGGACCCGGUGGCCUACAGGAUCGAGCCCCUGAUAGUCCCAGACCUGGACCUGAAGCCCGUUUUGAUCCCACAUUACAAAGGCAGGAAGAGGCUUCAUCUCGAGCUGAAGGAGAGUUUGUCCAGGAUGGGGUCGGACCUGAAGCAGGGCUUCAUGAGUUCCCUGAGGAACGCCUGGCAGACGCUCAACGAGUUCGCCCGGGCCCACACCUCGUCGGCUCUGCAGGCCGAGCUGGCCAUCGUGGCCAAUCAGAUCGAGGAGGAGGAGAAGCACGCGCAGGCGGGUGAGUCUCCCCGCCGCCCGUUCGGAGCGUCAACGUGUUCGAUCCCGCUGGUUUCAGAGCAUAAAAUCCCUGAAAGCCCGGAGCCGCCGAGGGAGGAGGAGCCUCCGGUGAAGAUCGGGAUGUUGAACGGAGGGAACCGGAUCGACUACGUCCUGCAGGAGAAACCCAUCGAGAGCUUCAACGAGUACCUGUUCGCCCUCCAGAGCCACCUCUGCUACUGGCAGUCUGAAGACACGGCGCUGCUCAUCCUCAAAGAGAUCUACAGGAGCUCGGGGAUCCACCCGGAGAAGAUGCCUCAUUAAAAACCUCCAGUUUCUCUUCAGAUUAUUUUAUUAUUUUUAUUUUAGUUUAUACAGCUGUAUUUUUACUUUUGUCUUAAAUUAAGAAACAUGAGCUGGAAGAACUAAUAAAAUACAACUCGACACGUGUUCUAGUUAAAUUAAGACCUGCUGAGUUUACAGGAGCAG